GGGCGAGGUGACAACCGCUCGUUACGUCUAUUCCAAGCCAGUUAUUAAAAACGUCUCGGCGCGAACGGUGCGCCGCCCUGUAAUUAUCCAGUUGAAGGUUUUCGUUGCGCUACGUUGUCACCACAGUUACCGGAAAUGCAAUACGUGGAUCCACCCGCGCAACAGAUGAUGAACAUGAUGUCCGGAUACGGGUGCGCGUACGGCCGCGGUGACGCGCUUUCACCGGCCUCGGACUUGUCAUCGUGCAGCAGCGCGUCAUCAGGGACGUGGUGCGCGCCGACGGCCUGGCGCGACUUGCCGCCGUAUCCCGCUCAGUACCCGGCAUACUGGCCGCCGGCAGCCGCUGCUGCAGCCGCCGAAGAAGCUCGUGAACUGCAACGUCGGUGCGCUAAGUGUCGCUGUCCUAAUUGCUUGACUGAGGCAGCCGGUUUUGGACCGAACUAUGGAAAGGAUGGUGCCAAAAGGGAACACGUGUGUCACGUUCCUGGUUGCGGAAAAGUGUACGGGAAAACAUCGCAUUUGAAAGCUCAUCUACGUUGGCAUACGGGCGAGCGGCCAUUCGUUUGCAAUUGGUUAUUCUGCGGAAAGAGGUUUACGCGAUCUGAUGAGUUGCAGCGGCAUCUUCGCACUCACACUGGAGAGAAAAGAUUCGCCUGUCAAUUGUGCACGAAACGUUUUAUGCGAUCCGAUCAUCUUGCGAAGCACGUAAAAACUCACGCCAAUGUGCCAAGAAAAAAUAAGAAAGCAAAAGAAGACGAUAAAGAAGAUUCUGGGAGUGAAAAAAGUGAACGAUCUCCGACGUCGGCAACGUCGCCCGUGGUAUCAGUUGGAAGCACGAACUAUGGAACAGCGCCUGCGGCGGUUAUCUCGAAGGCAAUAAAUUAUGCCGCAGUAGCUCCUAAUGUGACGAGUGCCCCGAACGUGUACAACGGACCAGUGUACAGCAGCAACGGAGUGAUGAAUAGCUGGUAUCCCGAGGUGAGACAAGACAAUUUGUACCCGCGGCCGCCGAUGCGAGUCUACCAACAAUACCCUCACCCGAUAAACACGUACCAGUGCGCCACUAAAGAAAAUUACGCGGUUUUCCAAGGACACUACAAUUUGCAACCGCCGGUGGCACUUGGACAGUAAUUACAUUAGGCCCUCAUUAAAUUGUUUUAUUGUUGAAAAGCUAUUAAAAUGUGCGCGGUAAUUUUGAACUUACAUUUUCCAGUAAAUGAUAAGAGUACGUUCCGUGAAAAACUUUGUGAUAAGUUACCAUACAUUCGAAAUGUGAUUUUUGUAAAAUAGUUUAUUGCUAGCAUAGAUUGUGCCUUACUGGUUGAGUUCAUAUUAUUUUUUAUUGAUUAAAUAAGUACAUGGAAAUUGAAAAUUUUAUUUAUUACCAAUUUUAAUGAGUCUAAAAUCUUUAAGAAAACAUAUAUUUUAUAUCCAAAAACAAUAAUUUCCAGGACAUU